CGCAGCUCAACACGCCAGAGUCUGAAAAUUUUCAGUGUUGUGAUGAUGAAAUAAGAAAUUUUGCGUCUUGCUUUCAAGACAAGAAUAGAAGGAAUUGUUUGUGUGAAAUAGCAAUGGAUGUAGACAAUGACAUUGAUGGAAAACUGCUUCAGCAGUUUAGUUCCAUGGGAACAACAGACAGAGAAGUGCUGAUUUCAGAUUUUCAGAAGUUGCUGGGUCCAAAUCAGCUUACGCCAGCAGGAUGUGCAUUUUUCUUAGAUAUGAACAAUUGGAACCUUCAAGGUGCCAUUGGGUCCUACUUUGAAUAUGAUCAACCCAACGUUAAACUUCCCUCGAUGACGUUCAUCAUGGAUGUAACUGUCGGUGAAGGUGAGGCUGUCCCACCAGACACAACUUUCAUCAAAACCUGGAGGAUACAAAACACAGGAGACGAGCAGUGGCCGCCGGGCUGUAACCUGAUGCAUUGUUCUGGGGAGAACCUGAGUAAAGCUGAUCGUGUGAUGGUGGACGCACUACAGGCAGGACAGGUGUCUGAUGUUAGUAUACACAUGCACAGUCCCACAGAAACUGGAACCUACCCGAGUCAAUGGAGGAUGUCUACUCCAACCGGCAUGUACUUUGGAGACAUGAUCUGGGUGAUAAUAACUGUAGAGAAAGGAGGCGUCCUUGCAGUCACUCAGCAGCUCUCUAGUUUUGGUAGUGGAGCGUUUGCCCAGAGUCCAACAAAAGAUUGUCUACAAAACCCAUUUGCUUCACCACAGAAGUUGGAUAACUCACCUAUACCAUUGGCCUCCCCGAACUCCUCCAUAAUAGCACAACAAGGAAGCCCGGACAUGGCUCAAUUUAGUCCUAGUCCUGUACCAGGCAGGACAUGGUCUGGACCAGUCAUGGGACCGGAACCUAACCCGAUGGCUCGCUCUCUUUUUCAAAUGCAGGGUGAACAGAGCGGCGAUUCGUUAGACAUGGGUGACGACAUGUCCUAACACAGGGAUUGUGAGAGAGUGGCUGUUACGGAGGUGUGUCAUUGUGUAAGGCUGUGUGGGUGACUGUGUACAUAGUGUAAAUUAUACCGGAUCAUUAUCAUCCGUCAUAGGGUCAUGUAGCCAAUUCUGACUGAAAAAGUGGAUCUAUUUUUGUGUCUUGGAUAUAUUUAUUGAAUGUUGUGAUGCAAAAACAUAUAGUCCAUCAGUGUUUCCUGCUAGAAAAUAUUAAUGAUUGACAUCAGUAGUCACAACAUUGAGGUCUUCUCAAAAUCCAAACAUGGCAAUUGUCUUCAUAUUGAUAUACUGUUUUGUUCGUGUAGUUGAAAUAAUGUUCUGUAACAAAAUAUUUACGUACCCAAACUCUAAAAAGAAUUCUGUUGUACAGAGCAGGUCAUUACCAUGCCAAGACCACCUUUUAGAGUUCUGUUUGAUGGAAAAUACAACUUUAUACAGGCUUUCAUAGUGUAUUUACUCUAAUGAAAUCCUCAUCUAUUUGUCAACAGUAUGAUGAAGUUUAUGAAGUGAUCAGACCCAAGUGGUGAAAUAUCCAUGACACAAAUACUCCACUUUAACAGCUGUGUAACUUAAAAACAUGUUCAGAAACAUUUUGUCCCCCUCUUUUUCUGUUUCAGUGAAAUUAAGACUUUUCACUCAUUAUAUUGUACAUGUAUAUUAACCUGGUAACUGCACAUUACAGCAUUUUAAACAUAUUUUGAUUACUUAUGUGAUGAAUUGUAUAAAUCUAGGGCGUGGGCAUUGUUGUGGAUUCCGAUACUUACACAGAUGUUAAAAAGUGUGUAGCAUAUAUAUUAUCACUAUAUAUCGUAUACAAGAUAAAAAUUGUUUUUAGGUUGAUUUAACUAGGUUAUGUCUAGGAAAUGCAUUCAUCAGCAAGUGUUUAGCAUUUUAAUUACUAUAUAAGCAGCUGACUUGAUUGACAUUCCAAUCACAAAUAUAUAUUUCUCAACUAGAAGCAAGUUAAGAAAAAAAACAUUAAGAAAGGAUCUACAGGGGAAUGACUAAAGUAAAAACUCAGAAAAGAGUGCCAAAAAGGAAACUCAUUGUGAUCAAAGUUGUGUCAUAAAAAAUUGUAACAUAUAUAUUAUAGUUCAUGUCAAUUUUGGCCCCCAUUGACUGGCAAGCAUAUUUCUAUAUUAAGGGAAGUAACUCUAGCAGAUUAGAAUUUUAUCUGGCCGACUGGCGCAUGUCUCUUAGUAAUCCUCCGUUUGUACCAUGCUUUGCUGAAUGAUAAUUAUACCAAGCUGUCUAAACUGAUCAUGAUCACCAUUAGACCAUCAUUCCAUGGCUGGGAAAACAUUAUUUUUUUUACAAUGCGUGAGGUUAGUACUUUGAGCAACUUUACAAGUAAAUGAAAGUCUGAUGUUUAAUGACACUUGUGACUUUAUAAGGGGAUAUUCAUGGUUAUUCAUAUGCUAACAUAUCAGUUUUAAACUGUUGAAAUGAAAUAAAAAUUGGAAUUACUUUGAAAAUAAACGAUAUUACUUUGGACAUAAAUCUUGUGCUAGAGUUGUCUACCUUGUCUACUUUUUUUUUUUAUUAAAAAGUCUAAAUUUCCAUUGAUAAGAUGUUAGAGGUCUUAUAUUGUGAAGAAUUAUGUGAUAGCAUAUAAGUCUAUUUGUUUCUUGUAGGUGCUGGAUCAGAUCAUCAUAUGAAUACUAAAUUAGAGAUAUACUCAAUGUUAAGGCUGUAUGUUAUUGUUAACGCUAUAUUUAAAUUUGACCAACAGGUUGUAUAAAGGUUCUGGGUAAUCACCAUUCGUGUAGAAAAUUUAUCGCAGUGAUUUUUCUCCCCAUUUACAUAUCGAUACAUUUUUAUUGUUAAUUUAUAUUUCAUAUACUAUAUCUAUGAAUUGCUGAUUUUUUUAAUACUAUUUCUAGUUUUAUCUCCUUGUAGAAAAAUACUUUGUAUUAAAUUUGUUUAUAAGGAUAAGGAUGUGUUAAAAAAGUGAUAUGAAAGGAAUUAAAAAAUAUAAAGAGUAUGUUGCUGCCGCGAAAAGUACUAGUCUAAGAAUGAAAAAUAACUUGGUGAUUUUAUGACCUCAAAUGCAUGUUAUCUUGUUUAAAAAAAAAGAAUUUGCUGGUCAGAGUUUCAUCAUUAAUCUGGUAGACAUGUUCUUAUAAAGAAAAUUCAACUCAUUCCGAGCUUGUUGCGAUUGACAUUCUUAGUUUUCCCUAUUCUUCAAAUGCCCUGCACACUGGUUGGUACUCGGGCAUAGGCUCUUCUCCUUGACUGAAGUCUUAAAUUUCUUAAGUUCAUAAUUUACAAACAUACUCAAAAGUUUUCUGCAUUUUAGAAGGUUCCACAAUCUUUCAAAUCUGCCAAAAGUCCAGGGUGUUUAUUUUCAGUGAAACAAACCAAAGCCAAGAGUCCUAGUCAUGAUAUUUGGGCAGUAGCAUGCUAGGAUGAAGGGAGAUACCAAGUCUGUUCAAAUGGAUGACAUUGACCUACUUUCAACAUCACAGGGCUGAGAUGUGUUUAAUGUUGGUUUAAAAUACCGGGUAUCAAGUCCAAUUAUGUGUAUCGCACUUAAGUAAAAAUUCUUACCAAUAUUAUUUCAUUGCUAUGCUGGUCCCUACUUUUGAGCCCAUUUUAAGUGGUUUCCCUGGUCUUAUUACACAAUUUAUACAGUAGGUUAAUUUUGUCAAGAUUCAAUUUGAAUUAAAAUGUUCUUUAUAUCUAUCUGUAAGGAUAUUUUUGAUAUAUAGAUUUGGAUGAUUACCUGUUUUUCUAUGAUGUAUUGAUUCAUUAUAUUCUGAAGUUAAGCUUCCAGUUCUUAUGUGCUUUUACUUGGUAGAAUAUUUUGAAAUGAAAAUACAUAUAAUCUUACUCACUACAUACUUUAAAACUGUCUUCUAGUAAAUCCCAAGUUGUAGUUAAGCUAAAGAACAGAUACUAACAUCAAUGAAUUAGUCAUUCUUAGCACAUUUUCACAGUUGAUUGUUGUUAAUGCCAUUUUAGGAGAUACACACUUAAUAUUAUAAUUAUCUUGAUUCAGUUUGAAAGAAUGAUUUUAGGAAUGAUGCUUAAUGUUCCCAAAGCCAUGCAGUGCUACUGUAUUGAUCCUAAACUAAGCCAACUUGAGGACCAACAUCAUGUUGAAAGUCAAGAGACAAUGAAAGACAUUUGUUAGCAAUUCUAUGAUAUAUGGGUAUGUUUAAUAACUGCCAUGAGCUGCUGUUGGAUAAAUUCGGUAGAAGUUUGUACAGUGAACACAUAUUUAAAGUGCCAGUCACCUGAUUUGUAUGCGAUUGUGGCGACGUAGUUGACAUGUUUAUAUAGGACCUAUCCGGCAUGUUGUUAAUGCUGGUUGAAUCGUCUUCGUGUUGUACAGUUUAUUAUGGCCAUGAGACUUUAUUUAUGAAGGAUGAAAUGUGGCAUGCUGAAUGAAUGACAUAAGAAUGAAAAAUAAACCAUAAUGACAAUA